GUUGCAGGAAGAGAUGGGCCUCCGUCAGGAUGCGGAGAGCAACUUGAACACUUUCAGACAGGACGUGGACGAAGCAGCUCUCAACCGAGUCCAGCUGGAGAGGAAGAUUGAAGCUCUGCAGGAUGAGAUCAUCUUCCUGAAGAAGGUKCACGAGGAGGAGCUGCGUGAGCUCCAGGAGCAGAUCAUGGCCCAGCAGGUCCACGUGGACCUGGACGUGUCCAAACCAGACCUAACUGCAGCUCUGAGGGACAUCAGAGUCCAGUACGAGAACAUGGCCACUUCUAACAUGCAGGAGACCGAAGAAUGGUACCGGUCCAAGUUUGCUGACCUGACGGACGCAGCCAAUCGGAACGCAGAAGCUCUGCGUCAGGCCAAACAGGAGGCCAAUGAUUACCGGCGUCAGGUCCAGGUGCUGACCUGUGAGCUGGAUGCUCUCCGUGGAUCGAACGAGUCUCUGGAGCGGCAGCUGCGGGAGCUGGAGGACCGCUGCGCCCUGGAGACGGCCGGGUACCAGGACACGGUGAGCCGCCUGGAGGAGGAGAUCCAGGCCCUGAAGGAGGAGAUGGCCCGGCACCUGCAGGAGUACCAGGACCUCCUCAACGUCAAGCUGGCUCUGGAUAUCGAGAUAGCCACCUACAGGAAACUCCUGGAGGGGGAGGAGAGCAGGAUCACCAUUCCAGUUCAGAGCUUUGCCAACCUGCAGUUCAGAGAAACUAAUCUGGACACUAAAACCCCGGAGGCCCACGUGAAGAGGAGCAUCCUGGUUCGAACCGUGGAGACCAGAGAUGGAGAGAUCAUUAAAGAAUCAACCACGGAGCACAGAGACCUCCCUUGAACUUCAAAGAGCGGCAAUCUCAUCGUGUCCUCUGCCAUAAUCAGGAUUAUGGAUUAAUUAUUCCUUUAAACUUCAUCAUCAGUUGCUUUCUAACUCACGUAACAGACUGAAAACUGUCAGAAACACGGCUUCAAACUAAAGUAGUCAUUUUAAAUCACCUGCAGACGACUUCCAGUUAACCUGAGCUGACAGAUGAGAUUAUUUCAGCUUUGAUCCUUGUUAGAAAAGGCCUUGAAAUGUAGCGAUCGUGUUUAUCAAAUAUAUAGCUUUGUGCAGGUUGACGUGUGGUUCUGUGUACGUGGAAAAAAAAGGUGGGCUGGAGGGUGAGUUGUGCGAUUUGCAAAAACUAGAAACAGGGUUUAGGCAAGCAAGGGAAGAAAAGUACGUUAAAAGUAUGUUACUGCAGCUUUUGACAGAAAGGAGUUUUUAAAGAUGUUGAUCUGGUGCUAUAUUUGUUGUUGUUUAUUUUAUUUUUUAUGAUCUCGUUUUCUUCAGGAGCUUCUUGGAGACGAGCCUUAAUGUAUCCAAAGUUCUGCAUCGUUUAUUAACCGUGUUCAUCUGUGACGUCUCGUGUUUCUGUGUGAAUAAUUCUACAUCAUCCUCCUAAUAAAGACGUGACACAUUUAGGCACCACGAA